AUGAGCAAACCCGACCUCGUCUACGCCGACGAGCGGCGCUUCCUCGACGAACGCGGCUCCUCAGCCUCCCUAGCCCCAAACGGCGAGAACCCAGCCACAAUCAUGGAAAAGGCGGUCCGCGAGCGCAUCAUCGACUCCUACUUCUACAAAGAGCAGUGCUUCGCCGUCAACGAGGCCGACAUUGUCGACCGCGUCGUCGAGCACGUCACGUUUAUAGGCGGCACCUCGGGCGUCACGCAGAAGCCCACGCCGUUCCUGUGCCUCGCCUUCAAGCUGCUGCAGCUCGCGCCGUCGGACGAGGUGCUGGAGACGUACCUGGGGUUCGGCGGGGAUAAGUUCAAGUACCUGCGCGCGCUGGCGUGUUUCUACGUGCGCAUGACGAGGAAGGCAAAGGAUGUGUACCUUUUACUGGAGCCGUUUUUGGAGGAUCGGAGGAAGUUGAGGAGGAAGGGGAGGGCGGGAACGAGUUUGACGUUUAUGGAUGACUUUGUGGAUGAUUUGUUGACCAAGACGAGGGUGUGCGCGACGAGUUUCAGGGAGUUGCCUAAAAGGGUUGACUUGGUGGAUUUGGGCGAGCUUGAGGAGAGGAUUAGUCCGUUGGGCGAUAUUGACGAGCUCCUGGAUGAUGAGGAAGAGAAUGGGGAGGAGAAUGCGGGAGCGAAUGGGGCGGACGAGUCGGAAGGGGAGGUGGCGGAGGAUAGGAGCGCUGCUGGGGAGCCGAUGGAUGUGGAAAGGUCGAGGUCAAGAUCGAGGUCUAGAAGCAGAAACCGGUCACCUUGA